AUGAGAAAAUUUUCAAGUCUAAUUACAUUAAUUACCCUUCCAAUAAUCACAAAUACCUAAACGAUAUCAUGCCCAAGUGUUUCAUGUGAUGCUCCACUUGAUGGAAAUGCAUGCUAUGAGCAUGAUACUCAGCAGCCAGUAGUUAUAAUUAGAGGAUAUUCUUGCGAAACUUACUAACUCUUAGAUGCUGGGUCUGGCCCUGAUCAGGUUUGUGACUUUAGUCUCUCUUAUUCAGCUUGGUUCGAUGAGAGAUAUUAAUAUUUAACUAAGGGCACUAAUUAAUCAUAAAGUGCUAUAAACAGAAAAAAGACUGUAGGGUAUUGUAGAGAUGUCGUUUCUGUAUACCAAAAUUUAAACAAUGGCAGAGCUUGUCAAGACUCAAGUUAAUGUAAUUCCAAGAGAUGUGUAGGCGGUAUUUGCACUGGUUUAGAUAACAAUGCCAACUGCCAUUCUCAUGGCGACUGUAAUACUGGAUACUUUUGCAACAAAGCUCUGCUGUGGCCAUAUCCAUCAACAUGUACCAAACUAAAAACUUCUUAUGAAUAGUGUACAGAAGAUGAGGAAUGCGGCAUUGCUAAUUAUUGCUGGUAUGCUAGUGCAGAGGAUAGAACAACAGUCCCGCCUGUUCGUAAAUGUCUUCCUCUAUACUCUUAAGAAGAUGGUGCAUCUUUUGGUUGGUCCUCAGCAGGUCUUACUUUAUCUUCAAGUUUUAGAUAAAUCUCAUAUGAAGAUUAUGAGAGAAAUGGUAAAUAUUGCAAAUCUGGAUUCGCUUUCCCAGUCAUUAAGGGUUCACCUACUUAAAAAGCUUCUAUUUAUUAAGCUAACUGUACAAGUGUUGAUACUAUUCAAUACAAGGGAACUAUUCUCAAUUCUGCUUCAUUUUGGCCAUGUGAUCCAACCCAGCAAGACAUAAAAUGCUUCUUAAACUUUAACUCUACAUUUCCAGAUCCAGCUGCUUAGAGCAAAACUUAUGAAAAUUUUACAGUUGGAUGCGGAUGUGCAAUGGAUGGGUUCAAUGGAUACUGCUCUAAGAUACUUGGUACCAACGAAUAUAGAGAUGCUAUGGGUCUACUUAAGGAAGUUCUUGAAAACUCUGAAUGUCAUACACUCGAUCGCUAUGAUAUGAGAGCUUAGAGAGACUCAUGCGGUAUAAGAGAUAAGGGAGCUUUAGACAAAGCAAUAAAUUCUUUAUUUAACAUCAAUCAUUGGCCUUUAGUUCAUGGGUAAGAUUCAACAUCUUGCAUUAAAACAUUCUUUGAUGACAGCUAUGAAAAUCUCUCAAAACUUGAUGCAAUGAAAUUGUUAAGAGGUUUGUAGCUUUUGAGUGGGUCUUUAUCUACAAAUACUUCGUCAAAUCAAUUUGGCUCAAACUCCAAUUAAAAUUAAUUCUAAUAACUUCCAUAACAGCAAACUUUGAAUUAGAGUAGAGCAACAAGUGGACCUAAAGAACUUAUCAAUAAUAUUCAGUUCAACAGUACAGCUCAAGGCUAAUUUAAUGAUAUUGUGGUCAAUGACACUGGAGAUUAUAUGGUUUCUUGCUCUGCUGACAAAAAAUUUAUUGUUUGGAAAAAGGAAUACUCAACUAUUGACACUGAUUAGUACUCAUGGUAAAUACUGAGCACUUAGCCAGAUAUUUACGAGAGUAAUGAUCAAUCAUCUAUGAUUGGAGGAGAUGUUAAUAUGCUAGACUCUCAAACUCCAUCCUAGACAAGUAGUAAACAAAAUAGUAAAAGUGAAAUAUGGAAAUGUGAAUGGGCUGACUAGGUAUUUGGGACAGUCCUAGCAUUCAGUGAUAUGAACAAGAAAGUUUAAAUCUGGGAGUACAAUGAUGAUGAUCAAAUUUGGGACAAGCAGAUGGAUUAAAAUUUCAAAGACUCAAUUUAAGAUAUUAAAUUUGCACCUAAUUCUAAUGGCUUAUUACUGGCAGUAGGAUGUUUUGAUGGAAACAUAUAUAUUUAUAAUGGAAGUAUUGAAGGAGAAUGGACUAAAAAGAAUGUUGUGCUUACUAAUACCUUUGGAAUAUCAAGUAUAGACUGGAACUAGUCCUAAGAUGAGCCUCCUAUGUUAAUUGUAGCUUCUGCUUCUCACACAUUGAAUAACUCACUUUUAUUUGAUCAGUCUCAAUAGAAAGAUUUGAUAAAGGAUACAUAGCUCUAAAUAUUCCAAUACGAUGAUAAUAAAGAUGACUAUAAUUUAUAUGCUACUUUAAGAGAUCCUAAGCUUGGGGAUUCUAAUAUAUGCUCAGUUGCCUGGGCUCCACUAGCCGGCAGAAAUCAUCAUUUAAUAGCCACAGGUUCCUAAUCUGGAUUAAUUACAGUUUGGAGAGUUGAGACUAGAGGUCCAUUUUCUUAAGGAGAACUUAACUAUGUAUCAGAUAAUGAGCUAGUGUGGCAAACUUAAAAUUCAUAGAUGGUUACCGUUGUAGCUUAAACUGGGAGCAAGUCAUCAAAAGAAGUACCUGUCCCAAUUAUUGAGUUAAAAUGGAGUGCGUUUGGCUCGCACUUUCUUUCAUCUGGCAGAGAUGGAAUCAUUAAAGUUUGGAAGCAGAAUAUCAACAAUUAAUUUAAAGAGGUAGCCAGAUUUAGUGUGAGAACCUGA